AUGGCAGGCCCACCACCACCACCCCCGCCACCUCCUCCGGGAGCACCAAAUUUAAGUACGCCAGCCUCAGCACCACCCCCUGCUGCUGCUGCUAUGCAACCUGGAAGGGAUGCCUUGCUCGGUGAUAUUAGAAAGGGAGCAAAGUUGAAAAAAGCAGUGACGGUUGAUAAAUCAAAGCCAAUGAUUGAUGGGAAACUGUCCAUCACUACAAGUGCACCAUCGCUGCUGGCACAGGGAAAUGCUGUAUCUGCUCCACCUCCAUCCAUUCCAACAGGUGCACCUCAAUUGGGUGAUAUAUUUGCCGGGGGAAUGCCAAAAUUGAAGCAUGUCGAUAAUAGAGCAGGAAUCACGCCUCAAUCAGCUCCAAAAAUACCAACCAAGACACCAGUUCCUCCCUCGGUCAGACCUUCAAAACAAGCAGGGUCUGCAGCGCCACCAAUCCCAAGAAACAAUCCACCGACACUGACAGCACCACCAAUCUCCACGAGCGUACCACCGGCCCCUAAGGUUCCUCCUACUCGACCAAAGAAACCCAGUCAUGUGAAAAACAGCUCCAUUAGCUCGACAAACUCAAUUGAAUCAGCUUCCAAGCCUCCCCCAUUACCUUCAGGACCUCCACCACUUCCCACAACAGCUCCACCAAUUCCUACAAACUCGAAGCCUUCAAAGAAAACGGCACCAUCAAAUUCUAUGCCCCCAGCACCGCCAGCACCACCAGCGCCACCAGCGCCACCAGCGCCACCAUCUAUGGCAUCACCGACAUCGUCAGCCUCAUCAAACUCAGCCGCUCCUACAGCUCCUCCAUUACCGGCGGGAGGCUUGCCUUUCUUAAGUGAAAUCAAUGCAAGAAGGGAUGAUAAGAACGUGAUUGAUAAGGCACCAUCAGCCUCGGGCAACACACUGAGCAAACUAGGAACACCAAGCGCGCCACCUCGUCUACCAAAUGCUGCUGCCCCUAAAGCACCACCGUUGCCACAAAGCUCUGCCCCUAAAGCACCACCGUUGCCACAAAGCUCUGCACCAAAGGCACCACCGUUGCCACAAAGCUCUGCACCAAAGGCACCACCGUUGCCACAAAGCUCUGCACCAAAGGCACCACCGUUGCCACAAAGCUCUGCACCAAAGGCACCACCGUUACCACAAAGCUCUGCACCAAAGGCACCACCGUUACCACAAAGCUCUGCACCGAAAGCUCCCCCGGUGCCAUCCGCUGUCCCUGCACCACCUGCACCACCUCCUCCAUCCUUAACACCAAAGACGCCCACUUCGAAGAGCUCUACAAAGUCAGCGUUUUCAUCAUCCGCACCUGCACCUGCGCCUCCAGCUGGGGGUGCUUUACCCUUUUUGGCUGAAAUUAAUGCAAAAAGAGACGAUUCAUUUGUGGUAGAUGGUAGCCUGAAGUCACACACUACCCAACCAGAGUUCUCUACAGAAACAUCGUCGCUGACGAAAGAAAUUGGAAAUGGGUCACAAAGCAAUUUCGUGGGGAAAUCCAAAAAAUCCGCGCCAUCUGCCCCACCCAUACCAAACUCUAGUGUCCCUCCUAUUCCAGGAAUGUUGCCACUGCAGAGGAAACCAACUCAAAUACCAACCCCACCAGCGCCAUCCCAACAAUCUUCGAUUCCACCAACACCAAAAACCCCACCUGUUUCCCAAAAAGUAAAACCAUUGAUUCCACCAGUGUCAAAUGAUUCAUCUUCACAUGAUGACACUAACAACAGUCAGACUUCCCCGCUGCGAGCUCCACCGCUACCAACAGGAGGUCCUCCACUGCUGCCACCACCACCACCUACGUCAUCAGCACCCGCAAUGCCAAAACUUAAGAAAGCUGCACCACCUCCACCGCCGCCUUCAGGAUCCUCUCCGUCGUCAUCUUCGACGGUUUCGAGGAGCAGGACGUCCUCGUCACAGCAGCAGCAGAACAACUAUGAACUUGACUCCAAACAGCACGCUGGUUCAUCAUUGAGGAAGAUAUCAGCACUGGCUUAUACUAUAAAUGGACACAGCAACAGUUCAUCUUCAGGACAGAAAGUCGUUAUUGAUGACAAGAGGUUUAAAUUUGUCAAUGCCAACGCAUUACCUAACCCUAGGCGAUAUGAAGGCGCAAAGAAGUUGUAUCCCAGUGGAAGAGGUUCGUCAAUCCCUUUAGACUUGAGUUUAUAUGAUUGA